AUGCUAGAUCGAAGAGAUAACAUCGAGAAAUGUCAUACCGAUACCUGCCAGUGGAUUUUAAACUUGGACACUUUCAAGAACUGGAAGAGCCAGUGUCACGGUCUACUCUGGAUCAAAGGCAAGCCGGGUGCGGGCAAAUCUACAUUAAUGGCAUUCCUGCAUGACAAACUCGGAGAAUCGCAUGACGGGACUCAGGGCAUCCGGCUCGACUUUUACUUUAGUACUCGAGGCACUGAGCUACAACGAACACCCAUAGGAAUGCUACGAUCGCUGCUCAAUCAAAUAUUUUACCUAGACGAGACCGUACGCUCCCAGGUUCGCGAGAUCUACGAGCAACGAUGCAGACGGUAUGGAUAUGGUGAAAACGACUGGCAAUGGACACAAGUUAGGCUAGAAGAGCUACUGGCAGAUACGAUCCUGACAUCGGCCAAACGGCAGCAAAUGAUGAUUUUUGUGGAUGCUCUCGAUGAGGCUGGGUCCGAGUCCGCUCAGCAUCUAGCAGCGUAUUUCCACCGGCUCAUCUUUCGCGCGGAGAAAAUGGAAGCAGCUGUCCAAGUUUGCAUCUCAUGUCGACACUAUCCUAUCAUAGGAGACGCCAGGGCUGUUGAGAUUAAUGUUGAAGAUUAUAACCAUGACGACAUCGCCAUUUACAUCAAGGACGCCUUUACUAGUAUGGCGGUCAAAGACGACCGUAGUCAGGCAAAAAUGGAAACUUUGACAGAGCACUUGCUCUACCAGGCUAAGGGAGUGUUCCAAUGGGUCCAUCUCCUAACACCUCUGAUUAAGCAGAGGAUCAUCGAAGGGGAUUCGUUUGAUGAAAUCUACUCCUGGUUGCGUGAGGUCCCGAUUGGUCUAGAAGAGGUGUAUACAUACAUUCUCGACAAUGUGAUACAGAACAGGAAUCGUGAGCAGUCAUUUCUGUUCUUUCAAUGGGUAUGCUUAGCUGAGCGACCCCUGACCGUGACCGAAAUGAGGUAUGCCCUAGCGGCUAAGUAUGCCCGAACUUUGGCAUCUCCCAAAGCAUGGGAAGAUAUCCCCGGUUUUGUCGAAAGCGACGAACGCAUGAAGCGAAAGGUCAAUGCUCUUUCUGGUGGACUUGCCGGGGUAGUCUCCAGCGGGCUUAUGUCUUAUCAAACUGGUACCACCUCGUCAAUUAUGGAUUGUGAAAUGAUUCGAUUUCGAUGCCAGGCAAAUCUCUACCGAUCAUGCCUAGUUUACCUAACUACUGCAACGACGGCCUGGAGAAUGUCAAAUAAUCCUUCAACAACAAAAGAUGACAUCGUCCAGGACCACCCAUUGCUUGCCUAUUCCACCAUCAACCUCUUCAUCCAUGCGGAAAAGGCUGCAAGCUCUCGGGCAGAGGUUCUGAAGAAUGAAAAGGAUAUCCUGCAGCAAGUGAUUAGUCCUUGGGUCCAGACUUUCCGUAUUUUAGAUCCAUACAGCACUGAACGUCCUCUAGAUGGCACAACUCUCCUGCAUAUGGCUGCAGCUUCUGACCUGGUUGAUGUUAUUGAGUUUGUGUUGGAGAGGAAUAAUAAUGUCGCGAUAAAGGAUGAACUCGGGAACACGGCUCUUCAUCUAGCCGCACGACGGGGUCAUAUAACAGCAGGCAAAAUCCUACGGGAAAGGGGUGCAGACUGUGACGCAAGGAACAGGAUGAGGAUGACGCCACUGACUGUGGCGGCUAGUCAUGGCCGUUUGAAAUUUAUUGAGUGGCUCCUGUAUGAGGGAGCUAUGGCUGAAAGAUGUGCUGCAGGAGACGCAUUGGCAUUGCAAGCCGCUGCCCUAGGAGAACAUUCUGAUGUGGUACGUAUGCUGCUUGAUGCUCAUGCCGAUGUCAAUGCCCAGGGUGGCGAAUAUGGCAAUGCCCUCCAAGCCGCUGCCAUUAGAGGAAGCACUGAGAUAGUGUGCAUGCUACUCGAUGCUCAAGCCGAUGUCAAUGCCCAGGGUGGCGAAUAUGGCAAUGCUCUACAGGCCGCCGCCUUUAGAGGAAGCACUGGGAUAGUGCGCAUGCUGCUCGAUGCUCACGCUGAUGUCAAUGCCCAGGGUGGCGAAUAUGGCAAUGCUCUACAGGCCGCCGCCUUUAGAGGAAGCACUGAGGCAGUGCAUAUACUGCUCGAUGCUCACGCCGAUGUCAACGCCCAGGGUGGUCGACAUGGUAAUGCCCUACAGGCCGCCGCGUAUGGAGGAAGUACUGGGGUAGUGCGCAUACUACUCGAUGCUCACGCCGAUGUCAAUGCCCAGAGUGGGGAAUAUGGCAAUGCUCUACAGGCCGCCGCCUUUAGAGGAAGCACUGAGGUAGUGCAUAUACUGCUCGAUGCUCACGCCAAUGUCAAUGCCCAGGGUGGUCACUAUGGCAAUGCUCUCCAGGCCGCCGCCUAUAGAGGAAGCACUGGGAUAGUGCGCAUGCUGCUCGAUGCUCACGCUGAUGUCAGUACCCAGGGUGGUCACUAUGGUAAUGCCCUCCAAGCCGCCGCCAUUAGAGGAAGCACUGAGAUAGUGUGCAUGCUGCUUGAUGCCCACGCCGAUGUCAAUACCCAGGGUAGUCUGUUUGGUAAUGCCCUACAGGCCGCCGCCUCUGGAGGAAGCACUGAGAUAGUGCGCAUACUACUCGAUGCUCACGCCAAUGUCAAUGCCCAGAGUGGGGAAUAUGGCAAUGCCCUACAGGCCGCCGCCUCUGGAGGAAGCACUGAGAUAGUGCAUAUACUGCUCGAUGCUCACGCCAAUGUCAAUGCCCAGAGUGGGGAAUAUGGCAAUGCCCUCCAAGCCGCCGCCAUUAGAGGAAGCACUGAGGUAGUGCGUAUGCUGCUCGAUGCUCACGCCGAUGUCAAUACCCAGGGUGGUUACUAUGGUAAUGCCCUACAGGCCGCCGCGUAUGGAGGAAGCACUGAGGUAGUGCGAAUGCUGCUCGAUGCUCACGCCGAUGUCAAUACCCAGGGUGGUCAAUUUGGUAAUGCCCUACAGGCCGCCGCCUCCGGAGGAAGUACUGAGAUAGUGCGAAUGCUGCUCGAUGCCCACGCCGAUGUCAACGCCCAGGGUGGCCACUAUGGUAAUGCUCUACAGGCCCAGGGUGGUCGACAUGGUAAUGCCCUACAGGCCGCCGCGUAUGGAGGAAGUACUGGGAUAGUGCGCAUACUGCUCGAUGCUCACGCCGAUGUCAAUGCCCAGGGUGGUCACUAUGGCAAUGCUCUCCAGGCCGCCGCCUAUAGAGGAAGCACUGGGAUAGUGCGCAUGCUGCUCGAUGCUCACGCUGAUGUCAGUACCCAGGGUGGUCACUAUGGUAAUGCCCUCCAAGCCGCUGCUGCUGCUUUUGAAGGAAGCACUGAGGUAGUGCGUAUGUUAGUCGAUGCUCAUGCCGAUGUCAAUACCCAGGGUGGUCAAUUUGGUAAUGCCCUGCAGGCUGCCGCGUAUAGAGGAAACAUUGAGGUAGUGCGCAUGCUGCUCGAUGCUCAAGCCGAUGUCAAUGCCCAAGGUGGCGAAUAUGGCAAUGCUCUACAGGCCGCCGCCUCUGGAGGAAGCACUGAGGUAGUGCGUAUACUGCUCGAUGCUCACGCCGAUGUCAAUGCCCAGGGUGGUAAAUAUGGAUCGCCUCUUCAUGCGGCUCUUGGUAACAGUCGUUCCGAUAUCAUUGCUUUCCUUCUUACCGCAGGCGCAGAUCCGCUGCUUCCAGAUGAGCUCGGCCAGACUUCGCUUCAUAUUGCGGCCUCAGGAAAUUUGAUGCACAUUCUCCCUAGCUCUCCGCGUCUCGCCUCAGCUAUUAACGACCGGGAUAAGCUAUUACGAACCCCUCUCCAUGUCGCCAUCCACCGAGGGCAAAUCACGUCUGCUAUCUCACUCCUCGACCUCGGUGCAGAUCCUUCUAUUCUGGACGGUUACUCGCUCGACGCCGAAUGA